CGGUGGGCUGGCGCUCUGACCGCCGUUGGCUGUUGGGCGAGCGGUGCUCGCGCGCCUAACGGAGAGCGGGACACCCUCUGCGGGUCGGGGUUUGGGAGCGCGCUCCCGGAAGCCAGCCGCGAGCCUCGCCCAGCCACCGAGGCUGCUUCCCGUAGCCAGUUUUGUUAGUGCUAAGUUCGCGUGGGUCCUGACCCGUGGGUGGCGACGGCGGAGGUCGGCGGGAGGCUGCCCACAGCGCCACGCGCAGGAGCUACAUGAUGUGGAAAGUAAAAUCACUUGUUUGAUGCUUGGGAUGGGAGCAGAGAGGCAGGUGGCUCUGAAGUUUCUGGUGUGGUAUUGAUAGCCAAUUAGCUGUGUCACCGUGUUAUGAUGCCAUCUCGUACCAAUCUGGCGACUGGGAUCCCCAGUAGUAAAGUAAAAUAUUCAAGGCUUUCCAGCACAGACGAUGGCUACAUUGACCUUCAGUUUAAGAAAAGCCCUCCUAAGAUCCCUUAUAAGGCCAUUGCACUUGCCACCGUGCUGUUUUUGAUUGGCACCUUGCUCAUAAUCAUAGGCUCUCUCCUGCUAUCGGGCUACAUCAGCAAAGGGGAUUUUACCAUUUGCGCAUCGCCUACUAUGCAUCCAAAGGCUACCGGGGUUACUCCUAUGAUGACAUUCCAGACUUUGAUGACUAGCAGUCACCUCAGCCUUGAGAAGAGACACAGUGCACUUACUUUAAGACAUCAAGCAGAAACUAUGGCUAAGUCUGAGGAAAUCUACAAUUUGCAGAUGUUUACCAAAACAAUGGCCGGAUUGUAUGAGUCCUUUUCCAAAAUGCUUAUGCUUUUAAUUAGCUAAUUAGGACAUGUUAUGUUUUCAUCUGCUGUCCCUGGCAAAGCUUGACAAGUUUUUCCACAUGUGUAUGCAUCAUGUACUAACUGUGAGGCUAAUUGUCUGGGAAAGCAGGCUAUUCUAUAGUGGAAAGUGUUACCCUCUUUCGGGGUGAGCCUUCCUUUUGCCUUCUCGUCAGCUUGUUUUUGUAGCAUAUGAAAAAUGUAUUAUGUCUAGUUUCUUAUUACUAAGUAAUUUAUUUUUUAAAAUAUCUAUCUUAUCCCUUACACUCUCCUCUAUCUUCACAUUCUGGUAAAAUUAAAGUAUCUGUCUAAUCCCGUA